UUUCCCGAAAUACAACUCUUGGUUUGCUGGUGAGCCAGAUCCAAGAGAGGCAUCCUUCCUCCCUGGCAAGCCCCCAUUCUUGUUAUUCUGCGAGCAACGAGGCUCCCCAGUUGCACGUGAGAAGACCCUCUGGAGUGAGGAGAGACAGAGACCUAGAGACAGAGAAGACAAAGGAAUCACGCAAGAACUGGGCGAAGUUGGGAGGCAGGUCUUGUGAAGGGUGGUCCUGGGUCAAGGAUGCUGGUCUGGGAAAGGCCUGGCCAGCUUCGGGGCGCUGCCUGGCCUGGACCCUAGACCUGAAGGAUGCUGAGAAGAUGAGAAGAUUCUCCAGAGAGAAGAAAGAAGCACUUUUUUAAAAAAAAUUUGGGUGUCUCCUCUGCCAGACUGCUACCUCCUCUUCUUUCUCUCUCCUUCUCUCUCUCUCUCUCUCCCCCCCCCCCUUCCUCUCUUUGCAAAUGUGAUUGUUUUGUCUAUCACACAGGGCAGAGUGGAAGACUGUUCCUGGUAGAGUGAGGGAGAAACACAGAUAGGUUACAGGAGUCUGCCUCAGCCGGAUGCUUUUCUGGGCUCCUACGGGGAAGCGACCAAAGGCAGCCGGCUGCCUGAGAAAGCUUGGAAGAUCAGGGCUGCCUCUGGACUCCAUGCUGCCUUCACUUCUCCUCUCUCUGCUCACUGUCCUGGCAGAAGGGGCCAGCCUCCAGCCAAUCAGAACCAACCACCUGGGGAUGUGUCCCAACCAGCUGAACCCCAACCUCUGGGUGGAUGCUCAGAGCACCUGCGAACGGGAGUGCCAAGCGGAUCAGGAUUGCGAAGGCUUUGAGAAAUGCUGCACCAAUGUUUGUGGCUUGCGGAGUUGUGUGGCUGCCCGCUACGCUGAUGGAAGCGUCUCUUCGUUGGAACAGGUGCAGGAAGCCACCUGUGAGAGUUUUGUCUGCACCCAGCAGGGCUCGGACUGUGAUAUUUGGGACGGGCAAGCUGUCUGCAAAUGCAAGGACAGGUGUGAGAAGGAGCCCAACUUCACCUGUGCCUCCGAUGGACUCACCUACUACAACAAGUGCUACAUGGAUGCCGAGGCCUGUAUCCGGGGCAUCAGCCUGGCAGUGGUGCCUUGCAAGUAUAUCUUUACCUGGCCCAAUACCAGCCCGGUGCCAGUGGAGACCACGACUCACCCCACCCCUGGGGCAUCUCCGGAGCUGCCAAUCCCACCGGCUCUCUACAACAAUCCUUUCCACCAGCUUGUCUACAUGGGAGGCACCGUGAGCUUCCACUGUGACGUGAGCGGGCGUCCUCGUCCCGACAUCACCUGGGAGAAGCAGAGUGACCAUCAGGAGAACUUCAUCAUGCGGCCCGACCAGAUGUACGGCAACAUGGUGGUGACCAACAUUGGCCAGUUGGUCAUCUACAACGCCCAGCCUGAAGAUGCUGGAAUCUACACAUGUACGGCUAGGAAUUCUGCUGGCCUCCUGCGAGCUGACUUCCCGCUCUCCGUGGUCAAGAAGGAACACUCCAGAGGAGAAGCACGAGUUCCUAGUACGUUGAAGCUCCCACCCAACGAAUGCUUGAAGGAACCAGAUACCCAGGAUUGUGAGACCUCCCAAACCCGCUGGCACUUUGACUCCAAAAAGGGCUCCUGUGUUACUUUCCGUUACGGCAAUUGUGGGGCGAACCAGAACCAUUUUGACACUUACGAGGAGUGUCAAGUGGCCUGCGUCAGCCACGCGGUUAACCUGUGUACUCUCCCCAUGGUGCAAGGACCCUGUAAGAACUGGGAACCUCGCUGGGCCUACAACCACCUGAUGAAGCAGUGCCAUUCCUUUAUCUACGGCGGUUGCGAGGGCAACGAGAACAACUUUGACAGCAAGGAGAGCUGCGAGGACACCUGCCCCUUCCCCAAGACCUUGUUGUGCAAAAGCUGUCGCCUGAAAAGUAAGAUGGUGUUGAGCCUCUGCCGCAGCGAUUUCGCCAUCGUGGGGCGACUGAUGGAGAUCAUCGAGGAUCAAGACUCUGGGAUCGCCCGUUUUGCCCUGGACGACGUUCUCAAGGACGAGAAGAUGGGCCUCAGGUUCUUCGACAUCAAGUAUCUGGAAGUCACCUUGACGGACAUGGACUGGAACUGCCCCUGUCCCAACAUGACCAUGGAGGAUGGGCCUCUUAUCAUCAUGGGGGAAGUCCACGAUGGCAUGGCUGUCCUUGACCCCAACAGCUAUGUCCGGACUGCCAAUGACAAGCGGGUCAAGAAGAUUUACGAGCUGCUGGAGAAGAAGGCCUGUGAGUUGCUCAACCGGUUCCAGGACUAGGGUGGGUUUGAGGGGAGGGAAAGUAGGCAGACAAGAGAGAGCCCCUCCUCAAAGGCACGGCCAUCCUUAUAUUGUCAUAGACACCAAGGACUGGGUGGGAAGAUGAACAGAUGAACUGCUGCCCCUUUCAAUCCACAGAGGGGUUGCGUUCACACCACAUGCUUAACCCAAUCACUGAACUGAUUUUUUUUUUUUUUGAGUUUUUCUCAAUACUCGGAUCUACAAACCAACCAAACCGGUUGGGUUCACACAGCACAAAAGGCAACUAAUUCCACUCAAGUGUACUGACUACGUCUACAGGCAGCCCCAAAUUUACUAAGCAAAACAGUUGUUAAGUGAGCUUUGCCCCAUUUUACAAUCUUUCUCGCCACAGUUGUUAAGUGAAUCACUGCUGUUGUGAAGUUAGCAACACGGUCGUUAAGUGAAUCUGGCCCCUCCAUUGAUUUUGUGCAUCAGGUCGCAAGACCCCGGGACACUGCGACCACCAUAAAUGUGAGUCAGUUGCCCCGUGUCCAAAUUUUUGAUCAUGUGACCCUGGAGAGGCUGCAAUGAUUGUGUGAAAAACGGUCAUCCCUUUUUUUCAGUGCCAUUGUAACUUCAGUCACUAAAUGAGCUGUUGUACGCCGAGGUUGUAAGUGACUUGGUUUAGUGUGCUGGGGUGAAAAUAGUCAACGAAGGGCAAUCUACAUUUCCCAUCUUCAAUCCAGGCCAGCUCUAAUUUAUUUUUAAAUAUUUUCCCGUCACAAUCGGAACUCUUACUACGAGGAGGGCUGGCUAAAUGCUUGUAAGGGUCUACCUACCGUCCGAUUUUGUGUGAGCUGUAAUUUAUCCACAAUCAGUACACCCCACUGCUGUACAUCCUUCUCAGCUGCUCCAGUCUUUGUGAAAUUAAGACAAAUUAAACCAACAAACCGUCUUUCUUCU